AUGGACUCACUGGAGACGACACAGCUUGCUCUUGCAUAUGCAGCCUUGUUAUUGCACGACGCUGAAGCGGAAGUCAGCGCGGAUAAUCUGAAGGCUGUCAUCACAGCUGCCGGAAUGGAUUUGGAAAACUUUUGGUAUGGAAUGUUUGCACGAGCAAUGAAAGGCGCAGAUUUGGAAGGAAUAAUCGGUUCCUUAGGUAGCGCCCCAACUGUCGUUGCGGUGCCGGCAGGUGCCGUCCCUCAGGGCAGUGCGGCGGGAGCGUCAACGGGAGCGGCAGCGGCCGCCGCCGAGGAAAAGAAGGAGGAGGCGAAAGAGGAAAGUGACGAAGAUCUCGGAUUCGGCCUUUUUGACUAG